GGGAGAGUCGCAGGCAGCCGAAGGCUGGAGUCCGGGCUCGGGCAGCGAACGGGGUAGAACCAAACGCCGCACUUACUCCGCCAGGACCCGCCGCAGCAGCCUCCCAGCGCGCCCUCGCACGGAGCUGAGCGAGCGAGGAGCCGCUGGGGCAGGGGGAUCCGCGGAGCCCGCAGGGGGCAGGCGAGGGACCGACCGACGGACAGACGCUGCCUCCCGGAGGGGAGCGGGCGGAGCCGCCGCCGCCGCUUGGAGCAGAAGUUUGGCUGGCGCCGCAGAGAGGAAACUUUUCUCCGGGGGCCGGAGGCGGGGGCGGCGGACAGGAGCCGACACUGGGCUGGUUCGGGCCGGACUCUGGGAUCCGUGACCUAACGCGGGGGCUUCUGCACAGCUCCCCCGGGCCGGGCCGGGCUGCGGCGGCCGGGAUGUACCUGGCAGCGGUCUUGGCGGGGAGGAGGCGCCCGGGCGGCGGCGGCUGGCACCUGGGGGCGGGGUGGCUGCUCCUGGUGCUGCUGGGCGAGUCCGGGACCCGGGCGCUCGUCUGCCUCCCCUGCGACGAGUCCAAGUGCGAGGAGCCCAAGAGCUGCCCCGGCAGCAUCGUGCUGGGCAUCUGCGGCUGCUGUUUCAUGUGCGCCCGGCAGCGCAACGAGAGCUGCGGGGGCGUCUACGGGCUGCACGGAGCCUGCGACCGCGGGCUUCGCUGUGUCAUCCGCCCCCCGCUCAACGGGGACUCCAUCACCGAGUACGAAGUGGGCGUCUGCGAAGAUGAAAAUUGGGAUGAUGAUCAGCUGCUUGGAUUUGAACCUUGCAAUGAAAACCUUGUAACAGGUUGCAACAUAAUCAAUGGGAAAUGCGAAUGUGACACCAUUCGCACCUGUAGUAAUCCAUUUGAGUUUCCAAGCCAGGAUGCUUGCCUGUCGGCUUUAAAAAGGAUUGAAGAAGAGAAACCUGACUGUUCCAAGGCCCGCUGUGAGGUCCAGUUUUCUCCUCGCUGUCCAGAAGAUUCCAUUUUGAUUGAAGGUUAUGCUCCUCCAGGGGAAUGCUGUCCACUUCCAAGCCGCUGUGUGUGCAACCCUGCAGGUUGCUUGAGGAAAGUUUGCCAACCAGGCUACUUGAAUAUAUUGGUUUCUAAAGCAUCAGGGAAGCCAGGGGAGUGCUGUGAUCUCUACGAAUGUAAACCAGUUUUCAGUGUGGAUUGCAGCACAGUGGAAUGCCCUCCUGUUCAACAAGUUGUUUGUCCACUGGAUAGCUAUGAAACCCAAGUCAGGCUGACAGCUGAUGGCUGCUGUACUCUUCCCACAAGAUGCGAGUGUCUCUCUGGUUUAUGUGGUUUCCCCAUGUGUGAGGCAGGCUCCAUUCCCCAAAUAGUCUCACGUGGAGACGGAACACCCGGCAAGUGCUGUGAUGUCUUUGAAUGUGUCAACGAAGUGAAACCAGCUUGCAUAUUUAACAGUGUGGAGUAUUAUGAUGGAGACAUGUUUCGAAUGGAUGCCUGUCGUUUCUGUCGAUGUCAAGGUGGCGUCUCGAUUUGUUUCUCAGCCCAGUGUGGCGAGCUGCACUGUGACAGGUACUAUGUGCCAGAAGGAGAGUGCUGUCCAGUCUGUGAAGAUCCAGUAUAUCCAGUUAAUAACCCUGCUGGCUGCUAUGCCAAUGGUCAGAUCCAAGCACAUGGAGAUCGAUGGAGAGAAGAUGACUGCACUUUCUGCCAGUGUAUCAAUGGAGACCCUCACUGUGUGGCAACAGCCUGUGGACAGAGUUGCCUGAAUCCUGUUAAGGUACCUGGGGAAUGCUGCCCAGUGUGUGAAGAACCAACAUAUAUCACAAUAGGUCCACCCACAUGUGAGAUUUUGGUGAACUGCACAUUGACUGAGAAAGACUGUAUGUACAGUUUCAGACUGGACCAAAAUGGUUGCCGCAUUUGUCAGUGCAAAACUAGAGAGGAGCUGUGUACUGGCCUCAUAUCAGGGUGUUCCUUGGACUGUUCCUUCGGUUUCCAGACUGAUGUCCACAACUGUGAGAUCUGUCAGUGCCGUUCAAGGCCUAAGAAAUGCAAACCCAUAGUAUGUGACAAGUACUGUCCAUUUGGAUACUUGAAGAACAAGCAUGGCUGUGACAUCUGUCGCUGUAAGAAAUGCCCAGAACUUCCUUGUGGUAAGAUCUGUCCAAUGGGCUUCCAGCAGAAUAAUCAUGGUUGUCUUCUCUGUAAGUGCAGAGAGAUACCAGAUUCUGUUAUGCCACCAGUUAAAACAGGCUCUUGCCUGUCAAUGGAUGGGCGGCGUCAUGAGAAAGAGGAGAGCUGGCAUGACGGUUGCCGAGAAUGUUAUUGUCACAACGGACGGGAGAUGUGUGCCUUGAUCACCUGCCCUGUACCUAACUGUGGCAACCCUACCAUACAUCCAGGACAAUGUUGUCCAUCAUGUCCAGAUGAAUCUAUUGUGCAGAAGCCAGAGCUCAGCAGUCCAUCUAUCUGCCAUGCUCCAGGAGGAGAGUAUUUUGUAGAAGGAGAGACAUGGAAUAUCGAUUCCUGCACGCAGUGUACAUGCCAUAGUGGACGUGUUCUGUGUGAGACUGAAGUCUGUCCACCUCUUCUUUGUCAAAACCCAAUCCGUACGCAGGAUUCCUGCUGUCCACAGUGCCCAGAUGAACCUCUUCAGCCUUCCUCAUCGAGCAACGAGAGCAUGCCCAGUUACUGCAAAAAUGAUGAAGGAGAUAUUUUCCUGACAGCUGAGUCCUGGAAACCCAAUGUCUGUACUAGUUGUAUUUGCAUGGAUGGUGUGAUUAGCUGCUACUCUGAAUCUUGCCCACCAGUAUCCUGUGAGAGACCUGUUUUGAGAAAAGGACAGUGUUGUCCUUAUUGUAUAGAAGAUACAAUACCAAAGAAGGUGGUGUGUCACUUUAGUGGAAAAACAUAUGCAGAUGAGGAACGUUGGGAUAUUGACAGCUGCACACACUGCUACUGCCUGCAGGGUCAGACCCUUUGCUCCACUGUCAGUUGCCCCCCUCUCCCCUGUGUAGAACCCAUCAACGUUGAGGGAAGUUGCUGUCCCAUGUGUCCAGAGAUGUAUGUACCUGAGCCCACCAACAUCCCCAUUGAGAAGACAAAUCAUCGAGGAGAUGCUGAACUAGAAGCACCAAUUUGGCCUACACCCAGUGAAAAUGACAUUGUCCAUCUCCACAGAGACAUGAGUCAUCUUCAAGGAGAUUUCAGAGAAGGCAUUGGACUGCACUCUACUGAAGAUACAUCUCUCAACUCCGUUGCCUGGGUGACAGUUCCCAUCAUGACAGCCCUGGUUCUUAUAAUAGCCCUUCUGCUUGUCAAUCAGAAAAAGCAGUGGAUACCAGUGUCCUGCUACAGAGCCCCAACAAAGCCUUCUUGCCUAAACAAUCAGCUGGUAUACGUGGACUGCAAGAAAGGAACCAUGGUCCAGGUGGACAGUUCUCAGAGAAUGCUAAGAAUUGCUGACCCAGAUUCAAGAUACAGUGGAUUCUACAGCAUGCAAAAACAGAACAACCUACAGGCAGAUAAUUUCUAUCAAACAGUUUGAAGAAUUGCACCUUUGCCAAGGAUUUGAGAAAGAAGGAGACCGAGAGACUAAGUCUGCUAUUAAAAUAAAACUAGAAUUGUGCACUUGCUUAGUGGAUUGUAUUGGAUUUGUGACUUCAUGUACAGCUCUAAGACCUUACUGGGAUGGGCUCUGACUCCUGCAAUGUGCCAGAACAAGCAUUCCCACUUUUCCUUGCGAUAACUGACCAAGAGUUUUCUUAGAACCAAAGUUUUAAAACUUGUUAAGAUGUAUUUGCUUGUAACAUAGCUAUAGAGAUUGUUUGGGUGGGUGAAUUUGGGGUUGGGUGGUGAAAUGAGAGAGAGCUUCAAAGAAGAAAAGCUGGUCAAGCUUGGCUCGGGGAGAAAACAAAUAAAGAAUAUUGCCAAGCAUCAGGAUGGUGGCUUUUCUUGUUGCUCUGAAACUGCAUUUGUUGCAGCAAAGCCUAACCCCACAUGGAAACAGAAAACAGAGGUCUGAUUUUUUUCCCAGCUGUUGCUACAAAAGUAUACUCCUAGAACAGAACCUGUCAUGUCACAGGUAUGGUGUAGCUGCAUAUAUUUUUCUAUAUGACAAGAAGCUGCAGUAGUUAAUGAUAUAGCAAGGAAAAGGUUAUAGCAGAAUAUAAAGGGUGGGUUUAUUAAGGAUGUAUAAAAUUAUACCUUGUGCUGCUUUUUGUUUUAAUUUUGUUUUCUGCAAAGCUGAUUGGCCAGAUUUUGGCAGAGUUAGCAAAUGACUGAGGCCUAAAUAAUUCCUGAUAUGAGCACUGGAUCUUUUGACGGCAGUAUUGAAGGAAGGAAGGGAAAGUCAAGAACACCAUGCAGUUCCAGGGGCUUUUGUUUGUUGUGGUUUUGUUUUGUUUUGUAUUAAUCUCUGGUUGUUCAGACAGUUUUAGUGGAGGAGGAGGAAAAAAUAUUUUUGUUGGACAAAGCUCUUGCUUAAAUGAAAGAGUAAAAAAGAGACUGUUUUAAGGUUUUUCCUGUUGUUCUUAUUUACUGGUUAUGCAGAUUAGAAACUACUUCCAUGCUAGGAAGCUACUUAAUUUUAAUUGUAUAUUACUCAAGCACCUUUUUUGAAGCUCAGAAAAAAGGAGAUCAUGCUUCUUUAAACAUUAGCAUUAUAGGAAUAUUUAUGUAAAUAUAAUUAUGCUAAAAACAACAAAGUAUUUGUAUGUCUGUGUGUAUAUAUGUGCAUAUAUAUAUAAUGUGUGUGUGCAUACACACAAACACACUAUAUAUGUAUAUAUAUAUACAGUAUAUAUAUAGUAUCAAUCUGUAUAUAUACAGUAUAUAUAUAAUUUUCUAUUUUUUUCUUGUUGAAUGUAUUUUUAUCUGAGAGAUUUUACCCAGAGCAGAAACAGAUAAAACAGGCAUUCCAUAGCAGUGCUUAAUUGCUUGUGAGUUUAGGAGAGACAAGAGGAGCAUCUCAUUCUACCUACCGUUUUAUUUGAUUUGAAAGUGUUUAGUGUGUGUGUGUGCGCGCGCAUGUAUGCGUGUAUGUACGUGUGUACACUCUUGUGUUUGCAUAUAUGUGUGUGUAUGGUAUGUGCACGAUUAUAGCAGUAAGCGUUGCUCUUGCUACUUGCUACAUUUCAGGGUGUUUCUUAUUUUUCUUCUCCUGCUUAGCCUUAAAAAGGCUUUUAAUGAAUGCAUCGGCUAGAGACACUGAUGGCAAUAUACAUGCAGCACUAAUCAGCUCCGUAGAAUAACACCAUCCGCUCCUUGAUUUUUUUUUUUUUUAAUUCAAACAAUUGUUUGAAACAACUACUGGAAUAUUGUCCACAUUAAGCUGGAAGUUUGUUGUAGCUUGCCUCAUUGAUAACUCUGACUGUGUAAUACAAAGUUAACUUUCCAGACAGGUCUUGGCACUUUUAUACUAAUUACCCAUUUGUGCAUUGCCUUUUUUUCUUUUACAAAUGCUUGUCAUAAAAGACACAGAUACCCAGUAUGCUUAAUGUGAAAAGAAAAUGUAUUUUUUUGUAAAGGAACUCUCAAGUAUUGUUGUAAAUACUUGGUCAGAGGUUGCUGAACUUUAAAACUGAAAAAAAAACCUAAUUUAUUAUUAUAAUGACCUAAUUUAUUAAUCUGAAGAUUAACAAUUUUUUGUUUUAGAAUAUCAGAAAGGUGUUCUAGCUGUUUGCAUCAAAGAAAAAAAUAGGUGUAUCAUUAAGGGUCAACAUUUUUUCUAUUUAUAUAUGACUUCAGUUUCCAAAAACAAGAAAAAAUGUAGUCCUCCCAGCAUUUUGUACUCAAUAUGAUAUUGAAACAGAUAUGUUUCUGUCCAGUUAUUACAAAGAUUCUGUCAAGACAAAUCAUCCAUUCCUUGCAUAAGAGUAAGCAGUCUUUAUCCAGAUUGUAAAAGCUUGCUUUUGUUUUACAAUCAAGGCCAUAUUCUGAAAAUAUUAGCAGGAUAUAGGACAUGGUGUAAAAUGUUUUUUAUUAUUUUAUUAUUAUUUUAAAGAUAUGAUUUAUCCUAUGUGCUGUAUCCAUUACACUCUUUUACUUUGGUUCCUGUUGUGCUCUUGUAAGAGAAAUGCAGAUAUAAUUUUCUGAAAAAUAAAAUAGACGCAUAUGUGACACUCGGAGUGCACUGCAGUUCAGCAGAUUGCUUGUUUACUUUUUUUAACUGUAAGGCGGUUUCUUGUAAUUUGGCUCUUGGCAGCACAAUAAAAAUUUUAAACCUAAUGUGCACUUUUUAAAAAAUGUUCAUAUGUAUGACUACCAUAAAAUGUUUGAGACAUUAGUUUAUAA